AAAUCACGGUGCCAAGUGAGUAGAAUUAAGAUAUCAACUCAAUCUACAGGCUCUGAAGCGGUUCAGAAUAAGAUCUGAUUUUGUGUGGUUCUAAGUCUGCUAAGUCAUGAAUUUAAGACUUGUGUGUACACUCGUGGGUUCUAUAACAUUGCUGGGACUUCAGACCGAAGCAUAUUAUUGUUGGGAUUGGUAUUGUGGAUACUGGAAAUAUAAAUCAAUAAAGGAAAACAGAGAAAGAGGAAUGUGUGAGAAGGAGAAGCGGGCAGUAAUAGAUGAUUUAAACAGAUUAAGACGAAAAUGUGACCAAAAUGGAACUAUAACGAAAAGCAAGGUUAAUGAAACUAAUGGCAGGUGCGCGAAAGAGAAGGAGGCACUUAUAAUUGAAGCUACCAGAAGAUGCGAGACGGAGAAGGAAGCACUGAGGGCUGAUUUCAACAGACAAUCGUCAAAUCAGUUGAGAAUACUGGCCCGCCAGUUAUCUGACUGUCUGAAGAAGCCGAGCUCGGGCACCUGUUCUGCUGACGUCAAAUGUUUCUGGGAUUCGUUCAUCGAAACAUGCAUUCCCAAGGAAUUAGCUUUGUAAAAGCUGCAAUUGUUUGACUAGUAAAAUAGUCACUUUUA